UUUCCGCCUCUGUUCUGCUGCUUCUUCCACCUCUCAAAUCUCUCUCUCUCUCUCUCUCUUUAUUUCUUUUUCACAGCUUCCAUUGACAAAAGCUUUGUUCUUUUGCUUCAGGUGAAGCUUUUAAUAAUUUGGUGGGAGUUGUGGGGUGAGAAUGGCUUCAAGUGCAUCUGAGGAAGCUGGUACGGGGCGGUCGUUGGAGGGAGUGUCAAAUGGCCAGCAGAGAUGCCAAUCUAGUGAAGCGUUGGCCGAAUGGAGGUCUUCGGAGCAGUUGGAGAAUGGAACUCCGUCCACAUCGCCUCCUUACUGGGAUAGUGAUGAUGAUGAAGAUGCUGGACCUAAACCUUCCGAGCUUUAUGGGAAAUAUACCUGGAAGAUUGAUAAGUUUUCACAAAUUAACAAGAGAGAACUUCGGAGUAAUGCAUUUGAGGUCGGAGGCUUCAAAUGGUAUAUUUUGAUUUACCCUCAAGGAUGCGAUGUCUGCAAUCAUCUCUCUUUGUUUCUGUGUGUGGCUAAUCAUGACAAGCUCCUUCCAGGUUGGAGUCAUUUUGCUCAAUUCACUAUUGCUGUGGUGAACAAAGAUCCUAAGAAAUCCAAGUAUUCAGAUACAUUACAUCGUUUCUGGAAGAAAGAGCAUGAUUGGGGUUGGAAAAAGUUUAUGGAGCUUUCAAAAGUUUUAGAAGGGUUUAUUGAUGCUGAUACCCUCAUAAUUAAAGCUCAAGUUCAAGUUAUCAGGGAGAGAGCGGAUCGUCCCUUUCGUUGCCUUGACUGUCAAUAUAGGAGGGAGCUUGUUAGAGUAUAUUUGACCAAUGUUGAACAGAUUUGCCGCCGUUUUGUUGAAGAGCGGAGAGGAAGACUUGGAAAGUUGAUAGAGGAUAAAGCUAGAUGGUCGAGUUUCUGUGCUUUUUGGCUGGGAAUGGACCAAAAUUCUAGGUGCUGCAUGUCUCGGGAGAAAUCAGAUUCGAUUUUGAAAGUGAUUGUCAAGCACUUCUUCAUUGAAAAAGAGGUUACAUCUACUCUGGUGAUGGACUCUUUGUACAGUGGGCUUAAGGCUAUUGAAGGCCAUACUAGAGGCAAGAAAGGUAAGGGGAAAUAUUUGGAUGCAGAAGAACAACUCGUUCCUAUUGUUCGUUUGGAUGAAGACAUGUUUGUCUUGGUCGAUGAUGUCUUGCUAUUGCUUGAGAGGGCUGCCUUGGAACCGCUGCCUCCAAAGGAUGAGAAAGGUCCCCAGAACCGUACAAAGGAUGGUGCUUCAGGAGAAGACUUCAACAAAGAUUCCAUUGUGCGUGACGAGAGGCGCCUAACUGAACUAGGUCGUCGAACAAUUGAGAUAUUUGUCCUUGCACAUAUUUUCAGUAAAAUUGAGGUCGCAUAUCAGGAAGCUGUUGCUUUAAAGAGGCAAGAAGAGCUCAUCCGUGAAGAAGAGGCUUCUUGGCUGGCUGAAACUGAGCUGAAAGCUAAAAAAGCGUCUGACAAGGAAAAGAAGUCAAAGAAAAAGCAGGGUAAACAGAAAAAGAAUAAUCGCAAAACAAAGGAUAAGGGGAGGGAUGAGAAAAUUUGUGUUAUCGAGCAAGAGAAGGCUGAACGAGAUGGGUGUAUCGGUGAUGGAAAUGACUAUGAGACUGAGGAGCCAGAGGCAGCAUUGGGAAAAACAGAUAUACUGGAAGAUGUUUCGGACAUUUCUGAUUCAGUUGAUUGUGUCCCAGAAGCAAACCAUCCUGAUUUUGAGGACAGAGGCGCAAGUCCUGUCAACUGGGAUACUGACACCUCUGAAAUGCGUCCUUCAACAGAAACUAGCUGCAGUGGAUUGAGUGGCCUUUCAUCUGUACAGAAUGGAAUUUCAGGAAAAAGUCUUUCUGUUAUGGAUGAUAGUUCAUCAACGUGUUCUACUGACUCAGUCCCUUCAGCAGCUACGAAUGCGCCUUACAGAGGGACUUCGAACCAUAAAAACCAGAAAUCACCCAGCAGAGUGGCUAACCACAGAAGCAAAUCAACCAGUAAUGCAGCUGACUGCGCUAGUGAAACGCAUAGUCAGCCAGUAGAUGCUCUUCCAGAUGCAGGGCGGCUGAGUGAUACAGCUGUAAGUUAUGGGCCAACUAGAUCCGAGUCUCAGGCUAUUGCGCAUUCGCACGAGCAGGAAGUGGUGAAGAAGAAAAUAGUAGUUUCACAGCAGAGAAAGCUGACAGAGGCUGAUACACAGAGACCUCUCUUGGAGAAGCCACAUGUCAUGUCUCCUCCUAGAAGCCCUCCAAAAAGUGCAGCAUCUGCCGUUCAGUCGAAGUCAGAACUAAAGGUCUCGGUCACAAGUGAUCCAAAUUUUGUUAAAAGAUUGUCUUUGGAAAGUCCUAAGCUGACUCAUAAAUCGACAACGUUGGCUAAUUCAGCUGAAACUGCUGUGUUGUCGAAGGCUGAUCCUCAUAAAGUUUUAGAACGACACGCGGCAGAGAAGCCUUCGGUGCAUUCAGUAUCUAUUACACCUCAGAACUUCCAAUCUCGUCAAGUGACUUCCUCUGCGACAACUGAAAAACCCAAAUCACAAGUUCCUGCCCUGUCCAGACCCUUGAGUGCUCCUGUAGUACCUGGGCCUAGGCCUGCUACCCCUGUUGUUUCCAUGGUUCCGGCAUCGCCAUUACUGGCCCGUUCAGUGAGUGCAGCUGGUCAAUUGGGCUCUGACCCGUCACCAGCAACACACAGUUAUGUUCCUCAGUCCUAUCGAAAUGCAAUUGUGGGCAAUCCUGUUUCUGGAAGUUCGGCUGGUUUUAGUCAACCCUAUUCUCCAAGUCCAGUGGUUAACAGUUCACAGUCAUAUCCUCAAUCACCUUCACUGAUUUCUGGGCCGUCAUUUUUACCACAAGGCUCAGAAAGAAUAGAACCUAGUUGUAUCAGACCAAGUUUUUCAUAUGGAAUGAUGAAUCAUGAUACCCUCCAGAAUGGACUGCAAUGGGAGAGUUCCCAGAGGGACAGCAGGAGUAUGUCCCGGGACCAUGCUUCUAUGAGAAACGAGUUUCAAAACUUUGAUUUGUUCAAGCCUGUAAACAGCAGAACACAUGAUCAUAUCCCAUCCGAGUUUCCAGCCUGCACGUCUGGACGCCAGUCUCAAAGUGCACUGGCCGAUGAAUUUCCACAUCUUGAUAUCAUCAACGACUUGCUUGAUGAUGAGCAUGGAAUUGGAAGGACUUCGAUGCCCAACACAGGCUUUCAUCAAAGUUAUAACAAUGGGUCACACCAUCUGAAUCGGCAUUUCUCUUUCCCUGGUGAUAUUGGGAUGCCUGCUGCUGAUCUAGGUCCCUCAACAAGUUCCUGUAGAUUUGAGCGAACACGAAGUUAUCAUGAUGAAAUCCAGCAUAGUUUUUCCGGAGGCCCUUUUGAUAGUGUUAAUAGGGAUAUGAUUCGGCAGCCUAAUCCACGGUUUAUAAGUGGGCAGAUUGAUGGUUUAGUUCCUAACCAGUGGCAAAUGAUGGGUUCUGAUCCAUCAUUUCUUGGAAUGAGGAAUGUGGAAAAUGAUCCUAGUUACCCAUAUCACGUUCCUGACUACUCGAACGUGGCUUGUGGAGUAAAUGGCUAUGGAGUAUAUAGGCCUCCAAAUGGUCUUUGACUAGUUCAGCUCUAUCGAUGGGGCGGAGCAUAGGCCAUUAGUGUUUAGGCUGUAUUCCGUUAUAAUAAUGUACUGGAGGAGAGUGUGGUCGUUGGAGUUGCGGAGGAGGUUGUAAUCCUCUGGCAAGGAAACAUUUUGUAAAGAGUGAUUCUGCCUUUCUUGGUUUCCAUUUUUAUUAGCUUUGAAAAUGUGGCUUUUUUAUCACCCCAAUUGGGGGAUCUGAUGUUUAGAAGUUUGGCCUUCUAUUUCUUGAAGUCUGGUAAUAUGGUCCUUUUUUCUCUCCA